GAAAAGAGGGCCAGUGGUGACUUCACGAAUAUCUCUCUUCAGACGUGGUUUGCUCCAGUCCGGUGAGCGCGGCGCCGAGGAAUAGAGAUUGAUUCAGCGACAAUGGCGAUUAGGAAGCUUUUGCUUCUUUUGAAACCGAUUGAUCCGUACCCAUUCCUUCAAACAGAAGGUGCAUCGCUCAUCAAAAAUCCUCAGGUUCUUCAAUAUCUAGAAAGCAGGUGCAAAGUACACAAGAAUGCUAUCAAGUUUUGUCAGGAAAUACUAAGUAAGAAGCCUGUUGAGUGGAAACCCAUUUCACGUAACGACUUAUCGCAUCCCAUUCGUGAUGUUGAUAUGGUCAUCACCGUGGGUGGAGACGGUACCCUCUUGCAUGCCAGUCAUUUCAUUGAUGACUCUGUUCCGGUUCUAGGAGUCAAUUCUGACCCAACACAAGCUCACGAGGUCGAAGAACUGAGCGAUCAGUUUGACGCUAGUAGAAGUACUGGUCAUCUUUGUGCUGCAACUGUCGAGAAUUUUGAACAGGUGCUGGAUGACAUUUUGUUUGGCAGAGUGGUUCCUGCAAAAGUAUCGAGAAUAUCAUUGAAGUUAAAUUCAGAAACUCUUCUUUCACAUGCACUUAAUGACAUUUUGAUCGCACAGCCAUGCCCUGCUGCGGUUUCAAGGUUCUCUUUCAAGAUUAAGAACAAAGAUGGUGCGAGCAGUCCAAAGACAGUGAACUGCCGCUCAAGCGGUCUAAGAAUCUGCACAGCUGCUGGUUCAACUGCAGCAAUGCAGUCAGCAGGUGGGUUCGUGAUGCCAAUGUUGUCUCGUGAUCUACAGUUCAUGGUUAGAGAGCCAAUAUCUCCUGGUUCAACCGCUUCGUUAAUGCAUUCGACCUUCAAACCAGACCAAUUCAUGGACGUUAACUGGUAUUCAGACCACGGGACUAUCUACAUCGAUGGUUGUCAGGUUCAACACAGCGUGCAGCUCGGAGAUACAAUCGAGAUAUCAUCGGAUGCGCCAGUCUUAAACGUUUUCUUGUCACACGGCAUAUCUCAGAUCAGAUCAAGGUACUAGAAUUGGUACAAUGGUAGAUUUUGUUCAUAAAGUUAGAGUUGGUACACAUUAAGAGCCCACUUGUCUGUAGAUAUGGUAAAAGAUUCCUUGGUCCGAAAGAUUCGUUGAUUCUUGAAUCUUUGGUGCUUGAAGAAGUUUAAUUCAAGUAGCUAUCUUUCUCCUACCAAGAACGUGGAUGUGUCUAAUCCUCUUGAAUAAAACUUAUAUUUAAAGAAAAAUAAUAUCAAAAUCAUCUAGAAUUCAUAUCUCAUUUCCGUGCAAAAUGUUAAUUUUGGGAAAAUAUCUUUUUCAAAAUGGGACCUUAUUAAUGAUUGAUUUAUUAUUGUCCUUUGCCUGUUAAUUGUAUUGUCUAUGGCUUGUGUUGUUGAAUAAAGAUCUUCGUCUUAUGUAGGUCCGAAUCAUCUUCCUCUACUCGUAACCAUACGUGGAUUCAUAUAAUCUUCAUAAUGAAAGAUUUUUCUGAAAAUGCAUGAACCGGGACAAAAUUUUCUAUAUCAUAACAAAAAAAAGUGGUCAAAAUGAAUAGACAAUCGUUUGAAACUUAGAUAUUCUACUAUAUUCUACUUGAAACAUACAUAUCAGUCACUUUCAGCUUAUAAUUUUAUUUUAUUUUUAUAAACUUUUCUCUUCUUAAAAGAUCUAGAAGCAAAAAAAAGAGCUAAAAAUCAUUUUUCUUUUCUUUUG